GACUUAAUUCACGGAAAUUUACGCAUGCGCGUUACGUUGACAACGGACGCUAGGCCUACUCAUUUUCCGAAAAUGGCAGGGAUAAAAUUGACUGUUAUUGGACUCUUACCAAAUGAAACAUUUCACGUUGCCAAAGGCUGCGCAGAGGAUUUGUACCAGAAUAAUCCUACCAAGUUCCAAUCUCCUGAAAUCAGAGGUCUCCUAGAGUUUCAGUGGGAACAGUAUGUGGAAGAACAAAGAAAAGCCUUGAGAGAUGAGACAUGGGUUUUCAAUGAAAAGGCAAUGACUUACGUUCACACCCAUGGAGAUUGCGCUUUCCUCGGAGGCCCAAAGGCCCUGCAGGAAUGGGCACAGGAGCACUUUGAGUACAGGGAAUGCAAGCCUUUACCUCUCUACAUGGCUCUGGCGGAGGAAGCGUAUAAGGAGCACAUACUUGCCACAAAUCAUACAUUUGUGUACUUUGAUGUGACUGUGGAUGGGGAAAAGGUUGGCAGACUGUUAUUUGAGCUUUAUACAGACCGAUGCCCCAGGACAUGUGAGAACUUCAGAGCGUUGUGCACUGGUGAUAAAGGACAGAAAACAGACGAUACCCUGAUGAAAUACCACUAUCUGGAUACCUUGUUUCAUAGGAUUGUACCCAAUGGGUGGAUACAAGGAGGGGAUAUCCUUUAUGGGGCAGGAGAUAAAGGUGAAUCAAUCUAUGGAGAAGUUUUUGAAGAUGAGAAUUUCUCUAUGAAGCAUGAUUCCAGGGGUAUACUAGGGAUGGCCAAUAGAGGGCGACAUACAAAUGGUUCUCAGUUCUACAUCACAUGUCAGCCUGCACCAUGGAUGGACACCAAAUAUGUAGCGUUUGGAAAACUUGUGGAAGGCACUGACGUUCUCAAGACCCUGGAGGUGCAGGAGACGUAUAACGAGAGGCCAAAGAAGGACUGUAAGAUCGCUGCCUGUGGGGUGUUUGUACCGAAUGAUGACGAGACCAUGGCUUAAACCUGGGCCCUGUCUUACAAAGAGUUGUGAUUGAUCCAAUCAAUCUCAAUUGUUGAAAAUCCAUCCAUACCAUAAUUUUUUCUACAGGAAAUUUGCACAAUCUCCUUAGUAAACAAAGAGAAUCACACUGAAUCUUCAAGAGAAUGAUGAAUGGAUGAAUAUGCAUCAUAUCUAGAAAAUAUUUUGAACAAAUUUGCAUUUUAUAUGUUAGAUUUUAGAUGUGGCUGGCCGUCAAUAAUUGUGAUUGAUGGGAUCAAUCACAAGUCUUUGUGAGACGGGUCCCUGUUCCACAGUGCUUUAGCACUUGAUCAUAUGGCUUAUUUCUUCGCUUCAUUACAUUGAUCAUUAUGUGUAAUCAAGCAUAAAAAUCAAUUAUACGAUCGAUUGUUGGGCUUUGUGAUACGGGCUGCUGGACUAGCUUUUAGGUGAAACAGUUUUUUAACCUGAUAUUUUUCAGACCUCAAAUGACCAAUUUUCAUCAUGGUUUUUGUUUUCAAAGAACUCCUAUGAGACGAAGCCUUUAUUAUGUAUGUUGAAUACACAGACCAUUUUCAGGGGGUACUUGUCCAAAAGUGAUAUAAAUUGAAUGAGUUAGGUAAGAAUGAGCAAGUAGAGCACUUAAGAUGUCAUCAAACUUUGAUUACUGUAAACUAAUUUUUUUGAUUUUUCCACUUUUUUGUCAAAAUUCAUAUGCAAAUUACUAGGGGUAUGCAAUAAAUGAGCUAAUUUUGUAUUUACACUCUAUUGGUUUUCUCAUUUUCUAUGCAUUUUAUUGAAUGAAAUAACAAAUAUUCCAAUUCUCUGCUCGACACAUUCAUUUUGUAAGGUCAUCAUUGCUAUAUUUUUCUUUUUGAAGGAGAUAUAAUAAUGAUGUUAUAUUCAAUUCAAUUUGAUAAAUGACAGGAAAAGUGUGUUGUCAAAUCAAAUGUAUAUACAACAGUUUCAUCCAAAUAAUGCAAAACUGAGAAACUCCAUGCCUUUCUUCAAAUUUUCAUGUGAUUCCGAUAAAAUAUUCAGUGUUUUUGUUAUCUCUUUCUGUGGAAGUAACUUCCGUUGAAGUUCGAGCAUUGCAGCUUUCUGACGCAUUACCACCAAGCUGGCAUAAGCAUUUAGAUAGGAAACAUUUUAUGUUAAAGUUAUUUAGUCGUAGUGGCUAACUCAUUUAUUAUGAAGCCCAGCUUUCCAUAGAAUCUUGGUUAGAAAUUCUAAUUUAGGAUAGGGCUAAACCUAGGUUUAAUUAUCAGAAUACCAACCCUAAUAGUUUAGUGUUCUGAGGAUCCGUAUUAUUUGGGCCUCCACAAUUUACCAGUUGUGUCUUUCUUUGUAUUUUGGAUACAGAACAGAUUAAAGGUGCUGCAUCGGUGUCAAUCCCUGGUAGUAUUCACAAAAGUUAUAACUGUAUUUUUGUCAUGAAGAGGGUGUUGUCAUUAAUGAUUGGAAAUGGCAAGCCUGGUUUAUAUUUACUUGGUAUCAAAGCAGUAGGGCUGCCUCUUAGAUAGUGUAAUGCCACAUUGGCUGAAUCUAUUGGCCCGAAAUCACAUAGGAGAUUUCCAUUGAACCAUGGCACAAAACCUUGCAUGGACUAUGCAUAAUUACGCAUUUUCAUCACGUAUGCUAAGAAAAGUCAGAUUUUGAAUGGGCACUUUUGGGACAGAGCCCUAAAUUCAUGCUUGAAUGAAGCGCAUUAAUAGAGAAAUCUUCAUCGUCCAUGAUUUUUUAAUAUGCCAUUGAAACCGCCAUUGUGAAUUCAGAUCAUCUAAUCUUAUAUCAAUUUGGUCCAAUUUGCUAUUCUGUCUGCACUACACAAUGCCCAGAUGGAAUAAUUUGGUGCUUAAAUGAAACAGUUCAGAUAUCCGUAGAGACUAUUAAGAGGUAUUCAACCUAAUGGACAUUAGACAAAAUGGGUAUUCUUGCCUAACUGGAAAUUUUACAAUGGAAUAGAAUAAAUUCAUCCAAUUGUGGGUGAUUUUCAUUGGUCUUGAAUAUUCUCGUUAUGCCCAUAUGCUCCAUGUAUAUUUCUAAAGUUACAAAGUAUAAGAUUAUUAAAUGAUUGGGAGGUAGUAUGAGGAAUGUUGCUCUGAAAGCUUUCAUGUACAUAAUGUAAUUUAAUUGUACAAAAACUUGAAAGAUAGUGGUUAUAUAUAUAUUCAUGUACAUGUUGAUUGGAUGUUUGUUAUAAUUGUAAUAUAUUGUUUUAUAUUUAAAUAAAACAUGGAUUUCUA